AUGCGGUGCUUCAAUGCGCCUGAUAGCAGGUACAAAUGGAGUUUAUCUGGGUACCUUUGGUCUGUGGAUUGUACGGAUACCCAGUUGAGUCUGAUUAGCGGCGACGACGGGGCAAUUUUUUCUCCCUCUACGGAGCACGCAGUAGUAGAUCUCUUGCAAAUAUCCGUACUCUAG